AUGAGUUUGGCGCGCCUCAAGCAAUCAAACCGCCGGGCAGCCAUAACAACAGGCUUGAGUCUCGUUUCAAAGGGUCGCUGCCUUGCCGUUGUGGCGGCCUACACCCUCACCAAAACCUACAAGAGCCUGCUCGCCCAGCAGGUCAUGCCGCCUCGAGGGGUGAAGAAUGGCAACUUCGACAUCCGCACGGUUCAUGACGCUACGACCAUGUUUAUUGAACACGUCGUCCCACGGCUUGAGAACCCCAUCAGUGUAGGCGCCGCAUUUUGGGGAGCUCAAUUCACCCGCCAAUUCCCAGCUGUCGUGGUCAAAGUGGGCAGCGAUGUAGAGACCUACAAUCCCCCUCUGUCCUUCGUUACGGAAGAUGGUUCUCAGACUCUGCUUGUCGGUCUUGUCGUCCAUGCCAAAGCAUGGAACUCAAACAAGCUGUUGUACCGCGAAACUGCAGUGUCGAAACGCCCCAUUUUGCGUAUCGCCAAGUAUUGUAUGCUCGCCCGUACACGCUAUGGGUUCAUCAUGAGCACGGAUGAACUCGUAGUAGUCCGAAUCAGCGGCGAUGUGUUUGAUACGACAGCGCCUUUCCAUGUAGAAUGGCGGGCCAUUCCGUGGGUCGCACAGGGCCCCGAUGACCUAACCUUUUGCCUGUCGCUGUGGUUUCUAGUCAUGCUAGGUCUGGAUGACCUUCGCCUGUCGACGUACCCUUUCUACAACGAUCAGUUUCCUCCUCACAUACCACCCCGCCGAUCUCUGAACGUUUGGGUGCGUUGCCGUACCCCAAAAGGGUUCUUUUACCGACACCCUUCUUCUGGGCAACGGUGCGCUGAGCUUCCGGAAGGAGCUGAGUUUGAGGACUCCCCCAAUGAGACCUCCUCUUAG